AUGGCCCCCGCCAACGUCGUCCACCUACCAAAUGGCCAAACGCUGACUAUUACACCUGUGUUUGGAGGCCUCUUCUUCAAAUCAAAUGAGUUGCUGAGUUCAAAUUCGCCGUUUCCCCCGGGAUGGACGAUUAUACUGAAUUCGGAGGAUGACUUGGAUACUGAGGGGCAGGGGCAGCAGGAAUUGUCUGAGGAGGAUAAGAAACAUACUCACCGGUACCGACGACCGACGCUCAAUGGCGAUCACAUAUACAUCUCGUCGAUAUCGAAUCCGAGUAGCAAUGACUACAAGGCUGCUGCUUCGCCGACCCGCCAGAUUGCCAUGAUGCUCUGGGCCAGUCUCUAUUGGUACUUCCACCAGCCCGAACCCACGCUUCAGAUCACCACCGCGGCUUCUAAGAACACUGCCGAUGCUGGAAAGCCCAAGGGAGAAUGGAGGAUCAACAUCAACAGGGAAGGCAUAUUCAAGGGCAAGGUGGUGUUGCCCAAGCUCGAGCGCAUGGGGCUGAUAGCCAGUGAAGACUCGACCGUAGGUUGCGCGCAAGAGGAAAACUCGCCUGAAGGUUGGCAGAACAUGUUUGUCAGUCGCAGGAACUUCUGGCAGCUGGAUCCGCGCAUCUACCUCUUUACGCUGUCGCCCAUGGCCCAGUCACCGUUCCCAGCCGGGUCGCCAUAUCCCUCGCGACCAUCAUCACCGGCGCGAGGCUCAGGCGGAGAUGCACAAAGAGAGCAGCAGCUUGAGCAGGCUUCGACAGGAUUAUGGUCGCCGACAGCACCUGGGCCGUUCCAUUCGAGCUCGCAUUUGCCCACGUACUACCCACCUCCACCCGCGCAAUACGUCUUCACGAACGGCGUUCGGCAUCCCGUGCGACCCAAGCCACCUAGACAGGGCGAGGUGUUCUACACACGGUACAUCCCUAGUGUCGGCCAAUAUCUGUCGUUCAGAGUUGCUUCCUGUUCGUCGAAACCCCUCCGACACCGUGGUCCGGUUUCCGGUCCAGUCUCUACACCGCGAAACAGUCAGAUUGCUGCCUCGGAGCCACUGUCCAUGAGCUCCUCUCUGAGUAUGGACACAAAGUCAGAUGCCGAGCAUUUGCACAAGUGGAUGAACGAUCCGCGUGUGUCGCACUUCUGGGGCGAGCAGGGCGAAUUGGCACAUCAAGAAGAGUUCAUCAAGAACGGACUGAAAUCCAAGAACUCAUUCCCAGUCAUCGGCUGCUGGGACGGGAAGCCGUUCGGUUACUUCGAGAUAUAUUGGGUGAAGGAAGACAAUCUUGGAAAGCAUGUGCCCAUUACAAGUGAUUGGGACAGAGGAUUCCACUGCUUGGUAGGCGAGCAAGAGUUCAGGGGACCUCACAGAGUGAAGAUAUGGUUGAGCGCACUUGUGCACUACUGCUGGCUAGCCGACAACCGCACAGAGAGAGUGAUGCUUGAGCCGCGAGUGGACAAUGAGAAACUCGCCCGAUACCUCCAAGAAGCAGGCUUCUAUAAAGAGCGCGAAGUCAGCUUCCCACACAAGCAAAGCAACCUGUUUAAGAUCAACAGGGAUGUCUGGAAGGCGCCCGCGCUGUAA